AUGCUCAAUGCUGUUGCUCUCCACGCCAUCCUGGAUGUUGACGAAUUCCUGUUCUCGUGCCUGACUCCAAUCAAAAUCCAGCACGUCAUGCACUCUUUGGAGCCGAUGCACGUCAACUACAGCCGCAAGCGCAGCCAAUGCGAGACACUAGCACAUUUUGCCUUCGUCUCAGCGGCGGUGGUGCUGGCCUACUUCCUCUUAGUAGGACCCCUGACUGAUUCAAUGCUGGCUGUCAAGAGGGAGCUUUGCGGUGGUAAUCAGUCCUUCGUCGUCUCGUACAACCGCAACACGCAGGUGACGCAUGGUUUUGCCACUGCAAACGCUGGCGCGCGGGAUGAUGGCCAGCUUUCAGUCAGCGAGCUGGCUGUGAAGAAGCACAUCGGCAUCUCACCUGAGACGACCCCAGGGGAAAUACCAGACUAUAUCCUCUUCUCAGGCAGCAGAGCAGCAUUCGACACGGACCGUCAGCGGGACAUGACCGAACAGGCAGCAGCAUACCCUUUCUGCAUUGAGACCCAGCUGCUGAAAGAGGGCGCCCUGCUGAAUGGUGAUGCUGAAAUGCAGCCAGUUGCAAAGAUACUUCUGAGAAAUGCCGGCCUGGCACUCGGCUACGAAAUGGCAUCAAGUUGCGCCCAGCUUAGCAGUAUGUGCAACAGAUCUGAUGCUGCCUUGCUCCGUUUGGUUUGUGGUGAGACGUGCGGCUGCGUGGAUCCUUUGGCCUCUCCCUGGUACAAGGUCACCGCGCAGGGCUGCAGUACCGCCUGCCUCUAUGAGGCCGAGGUCCUCUCUGUCAACGUGAGCUGUGAGGAUGACGAGACAGGGAGGCAUUGGAAGGAGUUCUGGAACUUGUAUGAAGAGGCGGUGUCUGGACACUACGGAGAUGAAGUGACUCAGACAUCACUCUGGUACACGGUGAAUCAAACCAUCCAGGGCAUGUUGUCGCAAGGUUGUGCCUAUCUCCAUACGGAGCCCCAGGACUUUGUGACCGGCGCGACUUGGUGCGAAGGGAUGCCAGACUUGUUCAAGCCUCUGGCCAGCAUCUGUCCACAGACCUGUGGCUGCAGUGAUUUCACCGAUGUUCUCCCGAGCUAUUGCCCGUCCAGCUGCAACCCCUAA